UGCCAGUCUGCCACCCACCCAAUUCGGGUGUCCUUUUCCUUCCGGGCGCUUCGUGUCGCACCAGACCACCAGGCCGGCACUGCUCCUCGCUGCCGAUUGCCAAAUUCCCAGGGCGCGGAAGGGGCCAUCAUCCAGCCCCACGCCCCCACCAGGCCACCACAACCAUCCCCCACCACCAGCCGCUUGCCCUUCCUCCCCUGCUGCUGCUGCCGCGCUCCUAAUAAUUGCAUCGCCCCGUCGUCCCCGCCCUGUUAAUCCUGCAGCGGUAGCCUAUCCUGCCUGCCACCUGCCACCUCGCUGCUUAUAUCACCGGCUAGCUCUCCAUCAACGCCACCGCCCGCUGGCUGGCUGGCUGGCUUAGCGCGUGCUGUGAGCCUGUGACCGACUGCGAGAGCACCGCACCGGAGGCCGGAGCACGCCCGCGCGCGUGAGAACCGCAGCGCAGAGCCAGGGGCGCGCAGGGGAUCUUGUCCGCAGGUCGGUAGGCAUGAAGCUGCCGCUGCUGCGGCCGCUGUGGCUGGGCCUGGGGUCCGCGGCGGGGCCGCCCGACGCGGCGCCGGAGCCGGCCAAGCCCUCGCUGCCGGCCGCGUGGCUGUUGCUGCACGCGCUCUUCUGCGCCACCUCCAUGGCCGUCGGCUUCCGCUUCUCCCGCCUCAUCGUCUACCUCCUCUUCCUGCCCACCCCGCCCAUCAACCCCGCCGCGCACCUCGUCUCGCUCGUGUCACCGCCCGCCGUCGUGCUCGCGGGCGGCAACGCCACGGCCAUGGCCACGAUCACCACCACCACCACCACCACGACAACCGUCACCACCACCACCACCGUGGCCGCCGAGAUCAGCGCGCGCCCGCAGCACCACCACCACCACGGCCCCGUCUUCGUCGGCCGCCACCCGAUCCGCGUCCGAGCCUGGCCCCACCCGAACCCCAGCGAGCUUCUUGACGCCCACCGCAUCCUCGCCGCCGUCCAGAACGCGCAGCGUAGCGCCAAGCGCCGCGGCGCGGGGCCCGCCAGGCCCGUCAUUGCCGUCACCCCGACCACCACCUCCGCGCUCCAGGUGCCAUCGCUCACGUCUCUGGCGCACACCCUCCGCCUCGUCGACGCCCAGCUCGUGUGGAUCGUCGUCGAGCCGGGGCACCGCACCGACGCCGUCGCCGCGGUGCUCUCCCGCUCCAACCUCGACUUCCUCCACAUCACCGGCCCUGGAGACUCCACCGCAAGCCUGCGAAUGCACGCCCUCAGGGAGAUUCGGGCGAAGCGGAUGGACGGCAUCGUGGUGUUCGCCGACGAGAACAGCAUCCUCCGUACGGAGCUGUUCGACGAGGCGCAGAAGGUGACCACCGUGGGCGCCGUGCCCGUCGGCAUCCUCGGCGAGGACGACGGCACCAGCGAGUCCUUCCUCCAGGCGCCGUCGUGCGACGCGGAGGGGAAGCUGGUGGGCUACCACGUCUCGGAGGAGACCGUGCUGCCGGCGAACCGGAGCGACAUGCUGAUGGCCAGCAGGCUGGAGUGGGCCGGCUUCGUGGUGAACGCGCGGGCGCUGUGGGAGGACACCAAGGAGCGGCCGCUGUGGGUGCGCGAUCUCAGCGCCAUCGACGAUGCAGACGCUCGCGCCGCCAGCCCUCUCGCGCUCGUCACCGACGCCGGCCGCGUCGAGCCGCUCGCCAGCUGCGCCCAGGCGGCUCUCGCGUGGUCGCUGCGUUCCGACAGUCUCCACGAGGUCAAAUUCCCACACGAGUGGAAAAUCGAUCCGGCACUGCUGAAUACCGGUGCCCGUCAGCAAACUGUUCAACCAGAGACACAACCGAUGCAAACUACUCUAGCGAGCACUGAAGACCAGCACUAGAGGACUUUUUUUUUUGUGGACAGUAGAAGUCAGAGCAAAUCAGGCAGCUGUUGCUCCCCAAGAUUUGUCAAAAGUGUUUCCUCAAGUAAAAAAAAUGACUAAAGUCCCCAGUUCCCCACUGAUGCACCGUCGGUGCCAACCUCUGCCAAAGUAACAGAAGGCCUCAGCUCAGCUCAUUUCUUUGGACUCCAGAUAAAGCUACCAGCAGCACAUGUAAUCUUGGUCACUUCGUCGUCCAAAUCCCCAUGUAUCGACGUAUAAAAAAAUAGGUAAGAAGUUUAAUUAUCCAUACCUCCGUUCCCCUUGCUGUAGAAUACUAGCAUUUUAGGCAUAUUGUUUUCGUGUAAAAUAGAUGAGAGCAGGGACUUGCAAAAGGCUUGUGGUUUGGGAAUCCGAAGCAUUGGUUGUACACUUGUAUGAAAUAAUGAUGGUCCAGUUUUCACUUCGCUUUC